AUGAAAUAUGACACAAAUGCAGAAACAUCCAGGAACAUGAAAUUGAAAAUAAGAGAAGAAAUAGAAAAGCGAAGAAUUGAAAGAUUAAAAGAAAAACAGCUAUACCAACAAUUUAUGAGACAUUUAGAUAAGAACUUCGUCAAUAAAAAGAGUAGCAUUCAAUGGUUCAAUGGUGCAGGAUUGAAAGGAGAGACAGAAAGCCUAAUAAUGGCUGCACAAAAUCAAGCCCUAAGUACAAGAUAUAGACAAAAAAAGAUCUUCAAACAAAAUGUGGAUAGUAGAUGUGGAUUAUGUCAUGGGUCGGAGGAACACGUUAGUCAUAUCAUCGCUGGCUGUACAAACUUGGCCGCCACUGAGUACACUCAUAGGCAUAAUAAAGUAGCUGGCUAUAUACAUUGGAACAUCUGCAAAGCAUUCGGAAUGGAAGUUUGUGCGAAAUACUACGAGCAUAUUCCUGAAACAAUUACAAAUAUCAAAAACAAAGACAAUGAAGUAACAGUAAUGUGGGAUUUGCCCAUCAUAACAGAUCGACAAAUAAAUGCGAAUAGACCAGACAUCGUGGUACAUGACAAAAAGAAUAAAACUUGCCAACUUAUAGAUAUAUCAGUACCAGACGAUUCCAACGUACAAUUAAAAGAAAACGAGAAGAUAAUGAAAUAUAAGGACCUAGAAAUAGAAAUCAGCAGAAUGUGGAAUGCAAAGUCUUGUACUAUACCGGUUAUUGUGGGCGCCUUGGGAACCAUAUUCAAAGGAGCAGAACUACAUCUGAACCGCAUCCCAGGAAAAUCAUCUAUCCAAGAAGCCCAAAAGAUUACGUUGCUCAGCACGGCUCACAUCCUUCGCAAAGUGUUGAACUAA